AUGGAGGAGGAAGAGGAUGAGGACUAUGACUUUGAUUACGAGGACGAGGACGGUGAGGAGCCUGACGUGGACCUGGAGAACAAAUACUACAACGCCAAGGGACACAAAGAAGACGAACCGGAGACGGCCCUCGUCGAAUUCCAGGGUGUGGUCGAAGCAGAGACUGAGAAGGGAGACUGGGGUUUCAAGGCCUUGAAGCAGAUGGUCAAGCUUUCCUUCAAGAUGGGCAACUACGACAAGACCUUGGAGUACUACGGGCAAUUGCUACCAUACACCAAAGCUGCGGUCACCAGGAACUAUAGCGAAAAGAGCAUCAACAACAUUCUGGACUUUAUCUCGUCUUCGUCGGACAUGGCGUUCAUGGAAAAGUUCUAUCAGACAACAUUGAACGCUCUGAAGGACGCGAACAACGAUCGUCUCCUGGUCAAGACAAACCUGAAGUUGGCUAAACUCUGGCUGGACAGGAAGGAAUACGGUCGUCUGUCAAAGAUCUUGCGGCAGUUGCAUGCGUCUUGCCAGGCCGACGACGGCACGGACGACCAGCGCAAGGGAACACAUCUACUUGAAAUCUUUGCGCUCGAGAUUCAGAUGUACACUGCGACCAAGAACAGCAAGAAGCUGAAAGCACUCUAUCAACAGUGCCUGUCUGUCAAGUCCGCGAUUCCUCACCCACGCAUCAUGGGUGUCAUCCGAGAGUGUGGAGGCAAGAUGCACAUGAGCGAGAAGGAGUGGGAUCAGGCGCAAACGGAUUUCUUUGAGUCGUUCCGCAACUAUGACGAGGCCGGUAGUUUCCAGCGCAUCCAGGUACUGAAGUAUCUGGUGUUGGCCAACAUGCUGAUGGAAUCACAGAUCAACCCCUUCGACUCACAAGAGACCAAGCCCUACAAGAACGACCCUCAGAUCGUGGCAAUGACGAACCUUGUGAGCGCCUACCAACGCAGGGAUAUUCGCGAGUUUGAAAAGAUUCUAAGGGACAAUCGGGCGACGAUCAUGGACGAUCCGUUCAUCCGGGCGUAUAUCGACGAUGUGCUGAAGAACAUUCGGACGCAAGUGUUGAUCCGGUUGAUCAAGCCCUAUACCAGGAUCGAAAUUCCGUUCAUUUCGCGCCAGCUCAACAUUCCAGCGCAGGAUGUCGAGGAUCUGUUGGUGAGUCUGAUCCUUGACAAGAAGAUUGCAGGCCAUAUCGAUCAAGUCCACCAGCGGCUGGAGUUACAGCGACAGACGACAGGAACGCUGAGAUACAAUGCCAUGGACAAGUGGUCGGCCAACCUGGAGACCAUGUACACAGCCAACAUCAAUAAGGUCCGCUAA